AUGGACACUAACUUGCUACUUUUAGCAGAUGUCGCAGAGCUCAAAAAAGACUACCUUUUCUCGAGUGCAGUGGUAGGACUGGCCGUGGUAAUAGCUGAAUUUUAGAAAAACUAAAAAGGUUUUUUUUUUAGGAAGAACGGUCUCUUUUCGCAACAGACGACCACACGUACUUUCGGAACGAAUGGCACGUCGUCGACGCCAACCACGAUUAUUUUCAUCGUCUGGAGCCCGAGGAGGUCUCCGUCGACGUCGAGCACUCGUACGCCGUCCCGCAUCCUGCUCCAAAGGUCAAUCUUAGAUAUGCACAGCAAAGUAGAUUAGUCAAACAUUUCCUGUUAGGUGUUUCUAGUUAAGAGUAAUCGAAAACUAUAUUUGUUCACUGAGAGCCACAGAUUAUCAAUAAAAAGACUAACUAGAGAACGUUUUUUACCCGAGGUUGAACUUUUGCUGAAGUGUACUUUAGGACCUCCUGUUUCCAGAACAAGAAGAAAACAUCCGAAAUAGCGCUUUUUUUUGGCCUAAUUUGCUUAUUUUGUGCACUUUGAAGCUCCAUAACUCGAAAACAAGAUCUAUUGCGAGAAUUUUUUUUCUUGUUCUGGAAUCAGGAGAUCCUAAAGUACACUUCAGCAAAAGUUCCACCGGGGGUAAAAAACGUUCCCUGGUAAGAGGAGAUAUAUAGAUACAGCAGUCGAAAGGGAAAUUUUUAUUUCGCGUUUUUAGACUCUAAACGAUGAUCUAAUCGAGCUCGAAGAGAAUUACAUAGUGAGUUUGAUACAUUCAUCAUUUAAACAAUUUUCUUUCUGUUAGCAACAACCGUCUAUGGUCUGCCAGUGGGGAGAUUGCACUGCGAUCGCUUCUACUAGUGCAGAACUUCAUGACCACAUAGGUUGCUUCCGAAAUUCCUAUUCAAUCAGGUGACUUUUUACAGAAGGCCAUGUUGACGGAUCACAACGACAAUGUCUUUGGUACAAUUGCAGCAAGAAGUGUAAAGAAUACUCACAUAGGUAUAGUCGAUCCAUUCUAACUUGAACGCUUGAAACCACGUGGAAUGGCUCGACGGACAACGACCCCAAAGAAAAUUUUUUGCGAAGCUUCGAGCCAAUCCAUGGCUUCUAAGUUUUAGUGAAUAGAGUGUGGAUCAAAUUUUCUUUCAGGUAUCUUUUGAUGCGCCACAUCAGAAAUCAUUCGGGACACACGCCUUUUGUCUGCUCCCACUGUUCCAACUCUUUCAAAACUAAAGAAAGGUUAGAUUCUCUCUCUUUUAAUUUUAUGCUCCUCGAUUCUCGCAGGAUGUACCUGCAUGUGCGCGCAAUACACGAAUGUGAAGUGAAGUACCGCUGCCAAGUCUGCAACGCGUUUUUCAAAACGACUUCCGACCGAAGCCACCACAUCCGCAGAAUCCACAAAAGUAAUUCGUUAAUCGAAGUUUAGACAAUAUUUCAUGUUCAGAGAAACGUUUCCCCUGCAUUCAUUGCAAUGACUCAUUCGCAGGACCUGAAGUUUUGCGAAGACAUCUCUUCAAAUGCUUGCCUGUUUUAAAUAAUUAAUAAAUACAUAUGACUUCACUCGUGUUCUUCUACAAUUUCAAUUACAGCGUUUUCAAACGCUAUUAUAUUUACUACUAAGAAAAAGACUUGAAUGAACUAUAAUUCAAUGAUUGCACCAGAUGGCCAGUAACCUGAAGCUGAAUCCACUGAUUGCAAAAGAAACGUCAAACGGUCAGAUACAAUGCCUCGUCUGCACAAUGCAGGUAUUAUUCCCCUAUCAAGAACGUCGCUGUAAUUAUAUUUAGGUCAAAACAAAAAUUUGGACUGCCCAUGUAAACGGGAAGAAACAUAGAGAAAACGUGGAAAAACUGAAGUCUUCCGUGGGACCCAAACGCCAGAAUGUUCCGACCAGCGCAGCGCAACCACCUAAGAAAAAAUUAAAGGGUGCAGUUCCGCUUCUUUUUUUUAUUUUGAAAAGAAGACAUGUUUAAAAAUAUUUUUAAGCACUUUAUCAUGUGUAUAGGAUGGUUUUUUUGUCCAGAAGAUUCAAUGGCCGUGACGACGAAUGAAGACAAUUCUUUCGAGGGACCAGUGCCAAACGACUUUUUCGACGAAGAGCCUCUGAAGUAAUUCUUCUGAUUCUUUUUUCUUUCGAAGUGAACGAAUUUAAAGCAUCACGACGCCUUGGCAAAAAUCACGACAAGACGAAAAGCACGGAUCAACAAGCAGCACAGUGGACAAUCUUCCACAUGGAUUCUUCGAUGAUAAGAAAAUAGACGGCCGUAUGAAAGAAACUAAAGAAUUGAAUGCAAAGUUGGAUGCCGAAUACGAUAGGUGGAAACAAGAGAUCAGUGAAGAACAGAUCGAAGAGGAUUCAAAAGUUUGAAGGCUUUUUUGAAUUUCUGUACUCUCAUUUUCAGAAAGAGCAAGAAGAAUCGUCUCAUGCAAGGCAAUUGGAGCUUGAACGAAUAGAUGAACAAAUGGCGGCUUUGAAAAGACUCAACGAGUUAGAAAUUCAAAAAGAGAAACGAGUCGCAGCGGUGAGCCAAGAAAUUAAAUUCAGAAAAUAAUAAUGAUAUCAGGCUCUGGAGCGCAGAAAACAGCAAAUGAACGAAGAGAUGGAAGAAGAGGAUGUCGGCGGAGUUGAUUACGAUUUCGAAGUAAAUUGGCGCUCCAAGGGAAUUUUCUGA